GAAAAUCCACACUGGAGAGCAGCUUUUCAUGUGUGAUCAGUGUAAAAAAAGACUCACACACAAAAAAAGUCUUGAGCUUCACAUGAGAGUCGAUACUGGACAGAAGCUGUUCACAUGUGGGAAGAGCUUUACACAAAAAAUACAACUUAAGAACUACAAAAGGACCCACAGUGGAGAGAAGCAUCAUUCAUGCGAUCAGUGUGGGAAGAGAUUCUCAAGGAAACAUCAUCUUGAGAUUCACAUGAAAGUUCAUACUGGAGAGAAGCCGUUCACAUGUGAUCAGUGCGGGACGAGCUUCACACAAAAAAUACACCUUAUGAACCACAUGAGGAUUCACACUGGAGAGAAGCCAUUCAUGUGUGAACAGUGCGGGAAGAGUUUUCGAUAUAAACAAUCUAUUAAAAAUCACAUGAGAAUCCACACUGGACAGAAGCCGUUCAUGUGUGAACAGUGUGAGAAGAGUUUCAGGGAAUCAGCAGACCUUAAGAAACACAUGAGAAGCCACACCGGAGAGAAGCCAUUCAUGUGUGGUCAGUGUGAAAAGAGAUUCUCAAAGAAAGAAAGUUUAACAGUACAUCAGAAAAUUCAUACUGGUGUGAAAGAUUAUAUGUGCUUUGAGUGUGAGAAAACUUUUACUUCAGCAAACUGUUUAAAACUGCAUCAGAGAAUUCACACUGGAGAAAAACCUUACAAGUGUUCACACUGUGACAAGAGAUUCAGUCAGUCAUCAUCUCUGAAAACACACGAGAGGAUCCACAGCAGAGAGAAGCCGCACACGUGUGAUCAGUGCGAAAUGAGUUUCUCUUUUAAAAGUCACCUGAAGCGACACAUGAGGAUCCAUGCAGUGAAGAAACCACAUCACCGUAGUCUGAAAUCACAGCAGGACUACCAGAAAGCAUCUGGAAGGAGAGGACAGAGAGAAUGUGAGUGAUCCUGAAAAUCAAGGCUGAAGACUCACAUGAGAGUUCACUCUGGGAAGAAGCGCUCUGAUAUCACAUCUGCCUUCUCAUUCUGAAGAAGGGACCAUUAACUGUGAUCAAAGGUGCAGACAAUUUUUUUGUGCAUCUGUCCUGAAGAAACACCUGAAGAUUCAUGCAAAGGAGAAGAUUCAUUCAUAAUAUUACAGCAGAAAAGACACAGUAGUGUGUAUUUCAGUGCUGGAAGAGCUUUACUAUAGAUGAUGAACUAAAAGAGCAUCAGAAAAUUCACACUGGGAAAAAAAAACACUACACUGAGACAUGAGGUUCAAUCUGUCAGAAACAUGAAAGGAUUCAUACUGGAGAGAAACACACCAGAGUUUGAUCAGUUAUUUAGUCUACAGUCAUGAUCACAGUAACUAGAUCAUCUUCAGAUCCAACAGUUGCCAAAGUUCAUCUUCAAGACCAGGGGCCUCAUUUAUAAAAUGUUGAGCAGAAACAAUCAUAAAUUUGAUCUUACGAUUAAUUCUGCCUAUGUGUGAUUCAUAGAAUGAACAUACACCAAGAAAACGAGCGUACACCUCUCUUUCAGAUGUGAAAUCUAUAAAUCGCAAAUGAUCUUGAACUUGUGCGCAGCUGAAUGGUUUCAGUUUUCCAUGUUUUAAACAACUUUAAAUUGCAUAUACAUAUAAAAGAUCAACGGUCAUCGUCCAAAUCCUUGGCGAACUGCAAGAAUAGCUUAGAUUUCCAAAAACCUGGAGUAAUCUGACUAGGAAAAGUGAGUACGUCUGCUCAGACCCUGACGUGGCUAUAAACACUUUUCCACCUCAAAGACGUUUUUAUAAAUAUGAGCAUUGGCGUGGAUUUUAACGUACACACUCGCUAAGAUCAAAUCUGUGCAUACGCGCGCUUUAUAAAUGAGGCCCCAGUAGUGUCAGAUUCAGAUCAACUCAAAGAUGGAGUUCUUCCCCAAAUAACAAUAUAUAUUUUUUAUUCUUAUAUAUAAUUUUACUUUAUUAUAAAUUAUGUAAUUAUGCUUUAUUAUGAUUUUUAUGUUAAUUUUCUAGUCGUUUUUUUUGUGUGUGUUCUUGUGCUGGUAUAGUUCAGGGAGCUGAAGAAGAGGCCAUAACUCUUUUAAGAAAAACAUGAAUCUGAUAAUACUUUUUAACCCAUUCUUCAUUGUUUUCCAUUGGAACAUCUAGUUUCUCUUCCACUUCUAUUCUUCCAUGCAAAUGCAAGAUAUACUUUUAUGUAGCUUUGAAACUGAACACUUCUCUUCUCUUGAGAUGCUUUGGCUCUUAUACAGUCAAGUGGGAGAUCUGUCUAAUUUGGUUUCACUUUUACUUCAUUUUGUAUUUGAUUGAUUAAACUUAUUACCCAUUUUAUCAGCAACUACUGCUUGAAUCCUAAAUCAUUUUACUUCUGAAAGCCAAGUAGCAUAUUAUGAUUGCUUUUUGAGAUUUCCAUGUUUUUAAUUUUCU